AUGCGUCAAAAAGUGCGGUGCGACUCUCCUCGCGCGUUAUUCCUUCACGCGUGCGCGCGCGCGAUGACCUCAACGCGCGGAUGCGUCCGCGGAGUCGAGCUCCACGCGCACGUCGGCGGAUGCGUGCGUCCGGAGACUUUGCGAGAGCUCGCGCGAGAGAGAGGUUUCGAAUCGAAAUGUGACGAAGUGCUCGAGCGCGCUUUUUCUUGCGCAGCCGCGAACUCGAGCCCAGGAGAGACCUUAAAGAGGUGUUUCGAUGUAUUCGCGAUCGCGCACGCGGCGUGUGACACGCCGAGCGCGAUUCGAAGGGUGUGUGCGGAGUGCGUUGAGGAUUUCCGCGCAGACGGGUGCGCAUACGUUGAGCUCAGGACGACGCCGAAGGAUUUGGUAGGGGCGAAUGGGGAGUUCAAGAUGACAAAACGGUCGUACACGGAGGCGGCGUGUGCGGGAUUGGCCGACGCCGGGGGAUUAGGGGAUGGAAGCGAUGGUCGGUGCGUCGCUCGGCUCGUGCUGUCGAUCGAUCGAGGACGGGACGAUACAAAGGAAAAGGCGAUGGAGACGGUGCAGUUAGCGGCGGAGUUCAUGCAUAGAGGCGUUGUUGGGGUCGACCUGAGCGGUGCACCGCAUAAGGGGAGCUGGGAGUUGUACGAGGAUGCGCUCAAAGAGGCGAGACAGCUUGGGUUGGGCAUCGUGUUGCACUGCGGCGAAGUCGUGGAUACCAAGGACGAGCAGGCGAAAAUGAUCGCGUUCAAGCCCGAGCGUCUGGGACACUGUGUGUACACAGUACGAGAUGAUGAUUUAUACGGGCGUCUUCUGGCGUCGAAGAUUCCAGUGGAGCUGUGCUUAACGAGCAACGUUAUGACGCGCUCGUGCGAUUCUGUUUCGGAGCAUCACGCUAAGAAGCUCUUGAGAGACGGCGCGCCAAUUUGCUUCUGCACGGACGACACUUGGGUAUUUAAUACGACGCUACGUCGCGAAUACGCCAUAGCAUGUGACGCGUUUGGGCUCACCAUGAACGAUAUUCGCGACAUGGCGAUUCGAGCGAUGAAUUUCGCGUUGUGCGAUGAACACGUCAAGAUUAAAGUUAUCGAGCAAAUGUAA